AUGGAUGCAGGAGGCGUUUCCUCCGGGUGGAGAGUGCUCGGGUCUGUUGGUGAUAUACGAGCAGUGCGUGAGAAAGUUCUGACACUCGGACCGUUUACUAAAGGGAAGUGGUUUAUCCUUUUGAAGGCGGAAAAUUGCGCUGAUGCGGAAGUGAUUUAUAAGUUUUUGGAGGUUAAUGAUAUUGGGAGGAUGCAUGGUUUGUACUACAGAGAUUAUGGGUUGCACAUGGAGUUUAAAGGUAAGGUGAAGACUGCUAAUGAGAUCUUCAAUCUCAGAAUUUCUAGGAAUGCAAAGCCUGUGGAGAAGUUGAAUGAUGCUUACAAGAAGUUUAUGGUGAGAACUAUGAGAAGGACCAAAACAGUUGAUGAUGAGCCAAAGGAGAAUGACUUACCGUCAAGAAGCUUUGGGACUGUAUUGUCUAGGGUAGAUAAUAAUAGUGUGACACACUCAUCCAAGGCACCUUUGGCUGUGUACAAGGAUACUACAACGGGGGAUCAAACAGAGUCGGACAAGUCAAAACCAGAGUUUGGUUCUGGGCUUAUGCUUGGAGGCAGAGCAGAGAGGAACAAAGAAAACAAUGUCUUACCUGGAAAAUGGGCAGCAUUCAAGGUUCCUCAGAAACCCAUUGUGAGAACUGCUGCUUCAUUUUUUGAGGUUUUUGUCGACGAAGAAGAAUGUACAGACAGUGAGGGAGUAGAGAAAAGGAAGAAGAUUGAAACCAUCUCACCAUCAUCAUCAAACGUUUUGCCACUUAAUGAUGGCCGUGAUAAAGAAAGAAACAGAGCUGCUGCGACAGAACCCUUUAAGACACUUCCCUCGCAACAGCUUCCUACGAUGAUUUACGAAAAUAAUCAUCAUAGACAACAAUGUUCUGAAAUUUGA